AUGUUCAUUGGAGGAUUGAACUGGGAAACUACGGAUCAUACUCUUCGUGAAUAUUUCUCUCAAUUCGGCGAGGUCCAAGAAUGCACAGUCAUGCGGGAUAGCGCCACGCAGCGCUCGCGUGGUUUUGGAUUCCUGACCUUCCGUGACCCUAAAACCGUUAACACGGUGAUGGUCAAGGAACAUUACUUGGACGGCAAAAUUAUCGAUCCCAAGCGUGCCAUCCCCCGCGAUGAACAGGAAAAGACAAGCAAGAUCUUCGUCGGCGGCGUGAGCCAAGAAGCCACCGAGCAAGACUUCAAGCAGUUCUUCAUGCAAUUCGGCCGAGUCGUCGAUGCAACUCUCAUGAUCGACAAGGACACCGGCCGUCCCCGCGGAUUCGGCUUUGUGACCUUCGACAGCGAAGCAGCCGUCGAAAAUGCGCUCUCCCGACCCCUAGAAAUCCUAGGCAAGCCCAUCGAAGUCAAGAAGGCUCAACCUCGCGGCAACCUGCGCGAUGAGGACCGCGGUGGUCGUCGCGGUGGCCGCGAUGGCGGUUAUCAGAAUAUGAACCAAGGCGGCGGAGACGGUGGCUCCCAGCAACAGGGUGGGGGACAGCAGGGUAUGGCCAACGGCAUGACUCCGCAAAUGAUGGCCCAGUACUGGCAGCGCAUGCAGCAAUAUUUUGCCAUGAUGCAGCAGCAGAUGAACAUGGCCGGCGGCGCCGGUGCCGGCGGCAUGCCUGGUGGCAUGGGCGCAAUGGGUGGAAUGAACCCAGCCAUGAUGCAGCAGAUGCAACAAAUGCAACAAAUGCAACGGCAGCAAAUGGGCGGUAACCCCCAGCAGCAACAAGGAAGCAUGAGCCCUAACCCGCAGAGCCCCGGCUCUCAGUCUCAACCCUUGCCGAACAUGAUGAAUCCCGCCAUGCAGCAGGGUAAUGGAGGAAACGACGGCGCCAGCCCCAACCCUUACAACCGCGGUCAGCAGCAACAGUCACAGUCAGCGCAGCAGGCCGCCGCGGCCGCCGCGGCCGGAGGACCUGGCUACAACGCGCAGGAACAGAUCGCUUUCGAACAGCAGAAAUAUGAGCAGCAACAGGCUCGCCGUGUCAUGGACAACCGCUCGUUCUCGCCUUACCAGCAGGGCGGUGGGCCGACCUCUUGGGAGGGUAUGUACGAUGAAGUUCCUCAACCCAACAUCCCCACUGGGCCUCAGGGCAUGGCCCGCGGCGGCAGUAUGGGUCGUGGCACACCUCCUCAACCCCAGCAAAGCGCUGCUCCAGCCAAUGCUCCCACCGGCCCCCGUAACGCCGGCAAGCCUGGUGCGAAUUAUCGUGGAGGUGGUCGUGGUGGACACCGUGGUUUCCAUCCUUAUUCUCGGUAG